UUUAAUCAUGCAGUUUCUGCUUCGAUUCUUUAGAUUUUUGAAUUGCAGUUUUGUUGAUUUUCUUUUGAGUAUAAGGUGGAAUGGUUAAAUUUGGGAAAGUAAUUUGUUGGGUUGAUUGGGAAUUGAGCUGGAUGCGUUAUUGUCUUUGUUCUUUGUAUUGAUGGGUGGUUGAAAUUGAGGAAGAUGGUGUUUGUCUGUUCAAUUUUUUUCUUUAAGUACUAUAUCAUGAAUUGAACAAUUUUUUUAAAAAAAAAAUUGGGUCAAGCUUUAAUAUCUUAUUGAUUUUGUGAUGGCCAAACUUCUGGAGAAGAAAGAGGGUUAGGUUUUGAUUGAUAUUAAGCUCGUGCCAGCUGAAAGAAUGGCCUGGAGAUGUAUUUUGGGGGUCUGAUAAUGCACGUUGAAUCUUGUAAUUUUUACUUCGAUUCUUUCAUCUGCGACAUUUUAACUGAUCAAUGGAAGCGAAUUGACAUCGGCAUUGCAGCUUGCGGACUGAGAUUCAUGGGGGCUGUUCUGAGCUUGGCUGCACCAAGGAGUUCAAUGAAUGACUACAACGAAGUCUUACAAAGUGAAACCUGCAAGAGAAAGAAGUUAUCAUACUUCGAUGAAGAUAACUCGAGAUUGAUUUCUUCUCUUCCCGACGAGCUAUCGAUGCAUAUCCUUGCUCGACUUCCUAGAAUCGACUACUUCAAGAUGAGGUCGGUUUCGCGGAAGUGGAAAGCGACUCUUGUGAGCCCUCAACUGUUUAGUUUGAGAAAAGAACUUGGAAUGACGGAGGAGUGGUUGUAUGUGUUGACUAAGGUCGAAGAGGAAAAGCCUCUAUGGUAUGGUUUGGACCCUUUGUCAAGGAAAUGGCAGAGGCUGCCGUCGAUUCCGAGUACCGUUUUCGAAGGAGAGUCGAGGAAGAGUUUAUGGAACAUGGCGGAACAUAGCAGUAAAAUUGUUGAAUUUGUAAAAGGCUGGCUCGGGAAGAAGGAUGGAUCAGAUCACGCCCCGUUUUGUGGUUCCGGCAUCGGUACUAUCGAUGGAUGUCUUUAUGUGCUGGGGGGAUUCUCUGGAGCUUGUACCGUGAAAAACGUCUGGCGGUUCGAUCCUAUUCUGAAUGCCUGGAGUGAAAUGGCUCCCAUGUCAACAGGUAGAGCCUACUGCAAGACGAGCAUUUUAAAUAACAAGUUAUAUGUUGUAGGAGGAGUUAGUCAAGGCCGUGGCGGAUUGACUCCUCUUCAAUCUGCCGAAGUUUUCGAUCCCCAAACCGGCAUUUGGUCUGAAGUCCCAAGUAUGCCAUUCUCGAGAGCUAAUGAGCUACCCAAUGCCUUUUUGGUGGAUGUGUUGAAGCCUAUUGCUACUGGCAUGACUUCAUACAUGGGUAGGUUAUGUGUAGCCCAGAGUUUAUAUUCCUGGCCCUUCAUCGUCGAUGCCGGGGGCGAGAUUUACGAUCCCGAAACUAAUUCUUGGGCUGAUAUGCCAAGUGGAAUGGGAGAGGGCUGGCCUGCUAAGCAAGCAGGUACAAAGUUGAGUGUCGUGAUCGACGGUCAGCUAUACGCCUGCGAUGCUUCCAGCUCGUUGGACAGGGGUAAAAUACAGGUGUAUGAUCGAAAAGAAGAUGCUUGGAAAGUUGUCAUAGGAAAUGUCCCCAUUAACGAAUCUUGUAACUCGGAAUCCCCGUUUUUACUUGCUGGACUUCAUGGGAGGCUUCAUGUCAUCACGAACGACGCCAAACGUAACAUUGCCGUUCUUCAGGCUGAGCCAGAGCAUGGUUCCGGUCCUUUCCCGUCGAGUUUAACUUUUUCUUCGGAUGGUUCUUGUGACCAAGUUUUCGAUUCCCUGGCCGAAUCGGAAACGGUUAAUUGGAAGGCUAUCGCCGCCGGAGAUUUCGGCUCUGCUGAACUUGUCAGUUGUGUGGUUCUCGACAUAUAGGUAUAUCAAUUGUGGGUAAUUUAAUCGGAUCUUAGUAAUGUCAAUGUGAAGAAGAGAGAAUUGUAGCAGAUGAAAGGAACAUACCAAUAUCGUCAUCUCCUGUAUAAUAUGAGCAGUUAGCUCUUU